UAGCACACACGUACACUUGAGGAGAGAGGGAUUCGCCGGCCUGUGAGUGAAGUGAGGCUAUUUGCCUUUACGAACGGCCUGAGAGUGCCACCGGGCGGCGGCGGCGGCGGCUAACCCCCAAAACGGAAGCCCAAUGUCGCCGGCGGCGAGGAGCCUCCUGCUCUCCGGCGCCCGACGCCGCAGCCGCAGCUUCUCGACGGACGCCUCGUCUUCGCCGCCGCCGCAGAAGCUCCCGAGCAAGAAGCGGUGGGACGCCGUGGUGAUCGGCGGUGGGCACAACGGGCUCGCGGCCGCCGCCUACCUCGCCCGCGCCGGCCGCUCCGUCGCUGUUCUCGAGCGCCGCGGGGUUCUGGGCGGCGCCGCCGUCUCGGAGUCGGGCCUCGUCCCGGGCUUCCGCUUCUCCCGCUGCAGCUACCUCCUCAGCCUCCUCCGCCCCGCCCUGAUCCGGGAGCUGGAACUGGAGAGGCAUGGCCUUAAGCUCUUGCCGCGGAGCCCGUCGUCGUUCACGCCAUGCCUAGACGGAAGGUAUCUACUCCUCGGUCCCGACGCAGAGCUGAACCACUCGGAGAUCAGCAAGUUCUCCAAGAAUGAUGCAGAGGCAUACCCAAGGUACGAGGAGAAGCUGGAGAGGUUCUGCAAACUCAUGGACUUUGUCAUAGACUCGCCUCCUCCUGAGCUUAGGCAUGAAUACCACCAAUCAAUGGUGGACAGGAUGAAGGAUAAAGUUGAUAAGUCAGUGUUUUGGAGCAAACUUCUUGGUAUUGUGAUGCAGCAAGGUCAGAAGGACAUGGUGGAUUUCUUUGACCUUCUUCUAUCACCAGCAUCCAAGAUCUUAAACAACUGGUUUGAGGGUGAUGUGUUAAAGGCAACUCUUGCAACUGAUGCCGUGAUAGGUACUAUGGCCGGUGUCCAUACUCCAGGAUCUGGUUACGUUCUCCUGCACCAUGUUAUGGGGGAAACCGGUGGCCAACGUGGAGUUUGGGCGUAUGAUUCUUUACCUGAGCUUAUCUGUCUUGGUCUGUUUCAUCAGGAAAAAAAAAAGGUCCUUCAUUGUUCUAGGUAUGUUGAAGGUGGUAUGGGUUCAGUGUCUUCAGCUAUAAGCAAAGCGGCUCUUGAAGCAGGUGUGAAAAUUGUGACAAAUGCUGAGGUUUCCCAGAUAUUGGUUCAUCCCACCUCUGGAAGGGUACAGGGAGUAGCUUUGGCUGAUGGAACAGAGGUGCCAGCGUCAAUUGUUUUAUCAAAUGCAACUCCAUAUAAAACCUUUGUGGACCUAGUGCCUGCCAAUGUUCUUCCAUAUGACUUCCUGUCUGCUAUCAGGACUGCAGAUUAUAGCUCUGCAACAACAAAAAUUAAUGUGGCUGUUGACAGGCUGCCACAGUUUUCCUGCUGCAAAGACUUUAAUCCUGAAGGUGGUCCUGAACACAUGGGCACCAUACACAUUGGGUCUGAAAGCAUGGAGGAGAUCGAUCUAGCAUACAGGGAAGCUGCAAAUGGUGUCUCGUCCACAAGACCUGUUAUAGAAAUGACGAUUCCUUCGGUCUUGGAUAAGACCAUCUCUCCACCAGGUCAGCACGUUAUUAAUCUUUUUGUUCAGUACACUCCAUACAAACUUUCAGAAGGCAGCUGGAAGGAUUCUAGUGUUAGAAAAUCCUUUGCUGAAAGAUGUUUCUCCUUGAUUGAUGAAUAUGCACUGGGUUUUAGCUCAUCGGUGGUAGGGUAUGAUAUGCUGACACCACCUGAUCUUGAAAGGGAGUUCGGCCUAACAGGAGGCAACAUCUUUCAUGGUGCAAUGGGCUUGGAUUCACUUUUCCUCAUGAGGCCCGCCAAGGGAUGGUCAGAUUACAGAACUCCUGUGAAGGGAUUGUACCUCUGUGGCAGCGGGGCGCAUCCAGGUGGUGGGGUGAUGGGCGCGCCGGGCCGUAACGCUGCCUCCGUUGUUCUGGAAGAUUUCAGGACAAAAUAGAUAUAAAUGACAUGAGGAAACAUGGAAUUGGUGAUUGGCAUUAGACUAGGCCUUGUUCAAGCACAUGACUGCAAAACAGCAGACUAUCUGUCUGUGAAUGUUGUAGCGCAGUUCCAUCGGAACGGAAAGCCUGUUGUUACUCAUCAAGUAUAAACAUCCAGCUCACAUGUUGAGAAAGGCGAGGGAACAUUUUUUUCUCUUAAUUAAAAGGAGAGGCACAUUUUAUGAA